CGCAGAGGACGGAGCUGCAGUGUGUUGUGAUGUGACAGCGCUGUACACAUAUUAAAAACUGCUCACUUUAUGCCUGCAGCUUAACGUACACUAGCUGGACUUGGAAGCAAAUGUAAGUGAAGGCGACACUUGCUCCUUGCUAACGUUAGCCGCGCUGUCAGACUUGUCGACGAAGGAAACAACGAAGUGUUCUUUUAUGUCACACGGAUGAAAUUAAUGCCCACUGAGGAGACGUCUGUGUUGGUUUUUUUUUUAAGAAGAGAGAGAUUUUUGUCUUGUGGACUCGGCCGUCUUGUCGAAGAAGACAGAUAACAAGGACUAACGUCUUCGGAUGAACAGCAGUUCUGUGUUGACGUUUGUGUUGCAUCCUUGAGAUGUUUUAAGCUAACGUUGACAGGACUAGCUCGCUGAUGUUGGCUAGCUUCAAAGGUGGCUACAACUUGUACGUUUUAGAUAGAAGCAGGUUGAAGUGUUCACUGUCGAACGAGAUAAGCUUAUUUACAUAUUAUCGUUAGCAUGUUGGCAGAGACCUGCUAUGGGCUGCAGCUAUGACGCUAGGUGUAGCCACAGGGUUAUGUCACUGUCAGGCUAACAGAUAGCUCGGAGUCUGCAGCUGCUUCAGUCUUUGCAUGGUCAUGUCCACUAGGCUUGGCAUCAUGUAGACUGUCCCUCUGCACAGGUUUAGGUGACUGGGGACACAGUAUGCUAGUGAACCUCCUUGGAGCGUAAUGCAAAGCUGGAUUGCAGCUAUCCAACUGGGUCAAAGACUGACAGCUGGCACUGAUACAGUUUAGCUCAAGGAUUGUUGCUAGCCAUUCUCAAAGCCGUCUACUCUGUGUGAUAUUACAAACAUCCCAUCCUACUUGGAGGACAUGUGAAUGCACCAUGUCCUGGCUGCAUCUCUUAUUUAUGCAAUAAGGCAUCAGAGCAGCCUGUCAUGAAAUAAUCCCGCAGUGCGAGGAACAGCAUCAUCAGGACUGAGUGGAUAUUUUGCUCUUUUUUUUUUUUUUUCCUGAAGAGGACAGCAACAUUCAAGGCUAUUUAACAGUGCCCACCAUCAGCCCACCACAAUGGAAACUGUGGGAGAUUUUGAGUACAGCAGAAAAGACCUGGUUGGACAUGGAGCCUUUGCUGUGGUGUUCAAAGGAAGACACAGGAAGAAGACAGACUGGGAGGUGGCCAUUAAGAGCAUUAAUAAGAAGAACCUGUCCAAGUCCCAGAUCCUUCUUGGCAAGGAAAUCAAAAUACUGAAGGAGCUGCAGCAUGAAAAUAUUGUGGCACUUUACGAUGUCCAGGAAACACCCAACUUUGUUUUCCUGGUCAUGGAGUACUGUAACGGAGGUGAUCUUGCUGACUAUCUGCAAGCUAAGGGGACGUUGAGAGAGGACACUCUGAGGGUUUUCCUCCAGCAGAUUGCUGCUGCCAUGCGCAUCCUCAACAGCAAAGGAAUCAUCCACCGCGACCUGAAACCCCAGAACAUCCUGCUGUCAUAUGCAGGUCGCAAGAAGUCCAACAUCAGUGGCAUCCGCAUCAAAAUAGCUGACUUUGGCUUUGCACGGUACCUCCAGAGCAACAUGAUGGCAGCCACGCUAUGUGGGUCACCCAUGUACAUGGCCCCAGAAGUCAUCAUGUCCCAGAACUAUGAUGCCAAAGCUGAUCUGUGGAGCAUAGGGACAGUUAUCUAUCAGUGUCUGGUCGGCAAGCCACCAUUCCAGGCCAACAGUCCCCAAGACUUAAGGAUGUUUUAUGAGAAGAACAAGAAUCUACAACCUAUCAUCCCAAGGGAGACAUCCGCACAACUUAGUGACCUUUUGCUUGGCCUGCUGCAGAGAAAUCAGAAAGACAGGAUGGACUUUGAUACAUUUUUCAGCCAUCCUUUCCUGGAGCCCUCAUCCACGAUUAAAAAAUCAUGUCCAGUGCCGGUCCCCAGCGCCUCCAACACUGUGACGGACAGUUCCUGUGGCAGCUCCCCAUGCAUCCGCUACAACUCUCCUCCUUCUCUCCCAGACAUGCAGACUCUAGCAGAAGACGGUCUGUCGUCCCCUCCGCUCGGCCCGCCCAACUUCUUACAGCUGUCCAAGGAGUCUGCAGGAAGUACCAGCAGUAAGAAUUCCUCCUGUGACACUGACGACUUUGUCCUGGUGCCUAACAUCUCUACUGACAGCUAUGACCAACCAAUGGGAGCUGGUCGUCGGGCGUCCAGCGAGUUUCUCAUGUGUGGAGGGCAACCACAGCCCACCCCAGGACAGACUCCCAUGGUGUCCCCACGGGCUGAAACAACACCAAUCCCUGUUCCCACCCAGGUCCGCAACUACCAGCGAAUCAAACAGAACCUCUCCAGCAGCCCGACCACCACGCUCUACAGCUCCCCAAGGUCUGGCACUGUAAGGCGCUCCAACACUAGUCCAAUGGGGUUCCCCAAGGUGGGCUCAGGGUCCCCCAGCUCUGCAGACGUCCCCCAGACAGUGGGCCGGCGCCUUUCUACAGGCAGCUCCCGGCCCUACUCCCCCUCACCUCUCGUGGGCACCAUCCCUGAGCAGCUGGGUCACUGCUGCUGUCACCUGCAGAACCAGGAGCCUCGCAGCCGCAGCUCCUCAGGAGGUUCCCCUGUCCCGUCCUCUCAGCUCUUGGGGGCUCGACUCCAGAGCGCCCCUACCCUGACCGAGGUCUACCAGACCAGGCAGAAGCUCCACAAGCAGCUGUCAGACCCCGUGCAGCCUUCGUCGUCCUCCUCCUGUAGUCACUCCCCUCAGCUCGGGCGACCCGCCAACCUCGGCUCCUCCCCCACCAAGUUGCUUGGCUCCUCUCCUCGCACAUCCGACUGGCUGCAGAAGUCCCCACUGCCCACCAUCAUUGGUUCUCCUACCAAGACUAUUUCGGCACCAUUCAAGAUCCCCAAAACGCAGGCCUCCUGUAACUUGAUGGCCCUGGCGGACAGUCCCGUGCCCACAAAGGCUUUGGCAGAUGCCCGGGAUAUCUGUGCCUACCACUGCAGCCCAUACCUGGCCGGACGGGCAGCUGCUCCAGAGGCCAGCAGAACCUUUGGCAGGUCUGUUAGCACAGGUCGUCUGUCGGACCAGCCAAUCAGAAUCACUUUGGGUGGACAGACCUAUCAGGGCAGCACUGACAGCCUGAACACUGAGCGACCCAUGGACACAGCCCCUGCAGGUCCUAGCGGGCUGGCUCAGGGUGGCUCAGCGAGUCCUCGUACUGUCCUUUUCACUGUGGGUUCACCACCCAACAGCAGCACUCCUCCUACCUGCAGUCACCUGGGCACCCGACCACGGACCACUUCUGUGGGUUCCAACAGUUCGGCCGGCUCACUGUGUUCCACCAGUGGUCGGGUCUAUGUCGGAUCUCCCCCAGGCAUGGCCAUGGGUUCCUCUCCUCCGGGAGGCUUUGGGGGAGGCCAGAUUGUCCCCGGGGCAGAGGGGGCUCCCAGCAGCCUGCGCUACGUCCCUUAUGGGACGUCUCCUCCCAGCUUGGAGGGAUUCAUCACCUUCGAAGCCCCCGAGCUGCCUGAGGAGACCCUGAUGGAGCGUGAGCAUACAGACACCCUCAUGCACCUACGGAUGAUGCUUUCAUUCACCGACUGCGUCCUGGAGAUGGCGGCGGUUCGAGCCGGAGGGGCAGAGCUUGGCGUGUCGGCCGCCUCCCUCUACCCUCCACAGGACAGUGUGGUUGUGGACCAGAUCAGUCAGCUUAGCAAGGAGUGGGGGCAGGUGGAGCAGUUGGUGCUCUACAUGAAGGCAGCUCAGCUCUUGGCUUCCUCCCUCCAUCUGGCCAAGGCUCAGAUUAAAUCUGCCAAGCUCAAUCCUUCCACUGCUGUCAAGCAAGUGGUGAAGAACCUGAAUGAGCGCUACAAAAGCUGCAUCUCGCUCUGCCGGCGGCUAACUGACAAACUCAACCAUUUCUUCUCUGAUAAGCAGCGUUUUGUGGAUGAGAUCAACAGCGUUACUGCAGAGAAGCUCAUCUACAAUCACGCAGUGGAGAUGGUUCAGUCAGCAGCUCUGGAUGAGAUGUUCAAGCAAACGGAGGACAUAGCCUACCGCUACAGCAAGGCCGCCAUGCUACUGGAUGGCCUGUCCAAGAUCCUACAAGACCCCACUGACAUUGAGAACGUGGUCAAAUAUAAAGCCAGUGUGGACCGCAGGAUCUCAGCUCUGUGCUACUGUACUGUCACACUGUACGAGUAGCAUCCCUCCAACAGUCACACACACACAGAGGGACCACGUCCUAAGACUAUUGACUACCACCCUCACAAAGCCCCCGUUCCCUCCUGUAGCAGUUCAAGCACUUUUCAUUUGUGAGGUUUCAUCUGUAUUUAUCAUCAGUUCGUUUCACUGGCUGCAUCACGGAAUGAACUGUGGAUGAUGCACAAAUUUCUAACCAAAGACGACAACAGAUCCGGAAGCAAAAGGCUGAAACCGGAUAUGGAGAUUAAAGCAUGCACUUUCAGGUGCAAUUUUUUACCCUACGAUGGUAGCUCACCAUCAGAUCAACAUAUAGAUUCUUGAUAUCAUUUGUUUUUACGAGAAGAAAGAGAGGACUCACAGGACUAUGAGACAGUGUUGUGGGCUAUAAACGGACUCAAGCUCCACAUGAAGCAGAUCAUCUUUUUAAAUCCUAUCAGUGGUUAUUUACUCUGUGUUUAAGUUGUUAUUGUUCUUAUUUAUUGGUUCAGGAGAACAUGGAGUUUCCUGCCUGUCUUGAAAACUUCAAGUAUUGGAGUGAAAGGAGAAGGAAGAAAUUAACAAAAGGCUCACGGCCGCUCACUGUAUUUGAUCCAGCUCAGAGACUACAUGGACUUCGAUAUAAAACACAAACUCCUGUUACAGAAACUAGACAGCCGUGAGAGCAAAGGAACCUGUAGAUUUGUAUUUGCUUUGUUUUUAUUUUUUUGUGUUGUUACCUCAAGCACUUUAUUGUGGAUUGAGAGGAGGAGACAGAUAUCUGAAGGUGGAAAUGUGAAGGCAGGGGAGACAGUUUUCUAAUCACACCUGCUCCCACCCUCAAAACAUACCUGAUCUGUGUGCAUGAGCAACAAGUCUUCAGAAGUGCAUGCAUUUCAUACACGCCUGUGCAACCAGGGAAACAGGCUGACUGCUCGAGUUUAAAGGCCUUGACUAUCAAAGAUCACAGAACCACUUACCUCUAGUUUACUGAUGUAUGGUCGUAGAAUUAAAGGGGCAUUCCAAUGAUUUUUAAGAUUAAGAUCAGCUUACUCUUCAUCUGAAUGAUGUUCAGUCUGUGGAAAUAGUUGCAAAACAUCUUCUGUGGCUCAGACCAGAGAUUUUCCUGAUGCCACCUCUGCAAAUUAUCUCUACUUGGACAUGAGACUUAAUAGGAGAUCUGUAAAGAAAUAUGCAUAUUCCAAGCAUGGAGGGUUUAAUUGCAGAGAUGUUUUAUGUAAAAUGUAUAAUCAAGGCUCUAAAAAUCCUCCUGUGCUGCUUCAAUUUGUAUUUAUUUGUUUAAUCUGUCUCUUGCAAGUCUUUCAACUUUCUGAAAGUGGUUUGAUAAAUCAGUGGAAUCUCCCUUUAAAUCCAGAUGCACGAGUUGUGUCUUGCAUGCGAGAAAACGAGCUAUCAUUUAUGUAGCCAAUCCAAGGCUGCCAUGUUUUCUAAGGAUGACGGAUGUUCUCAAACAUCAGACUGUCAUUUACAAAAAUACUUCUAGUUUCAGCAGACAUAUGAAAAAUGUAUAUCCAGGGAGCUUUGAUUGGCUCAUAUCAACUCUGCAUUCAUUUUGCACAGAUAGAAAAAAAAAAUCUGACAGUUGUUUAUCACAUUGUUUUUCAUUGUUGUUUAGAGGAAUACACUGGGCUUGCCGAUGACUUGUUGAUCAUGCUGAUCACAGUAAGGAGGGGUGGAGGUUCAUUUGGGGUGACAGUGACUCACUCUGCUCUUGGAUAUUCAGAAGGAAACCAGAACUUGAGUGAGUGGCCCUUUCUCCUGUUACCACUGCAGCGCUGAACAGCCAAUCAGGUGUCCGCUCUAAGCCCCGAAGAAGUGAAACUGAACGGUCAAAUUACUUGACAAGUUACCUUAAUAAUAAGUUUCAUUUUACUAAAAAAAAAAUAAAACUACAGCUUUUUAUGUUCUGUCAAAAUCUGUAGCUACUUUUUUUAAACAAAACUUGAUGUUUGCAAACCUGUAUAUAUUUGAAUGUGGUGCAUGUGAUGAUGAUUCCUUCCCCCUUUUUUUGGAAGGGGAGUGAGUGUGUGUGUGAGAUCACAGUUUGAAGGGGUGUGGAUGUUGCCAUCGGACGCCCUGCCUGUCAGUCAAAGAGCACAAAUCUUUAUAUGUAGAUAGAUGAAUUUGUAUUGAUUUUAGUCAUGUCUGCCAAGGGUUUGAUAAGGAAAACCUAUUUUGGCACAACAGGAGUGUGCCAAAGACUAUAAUAAAAACUCAUGGCAGCUCCAAUCCUUUCCAGAGAACUCUUUCUACCAGGACUGUUCGUUGUUGAGAUCACAUUUAUUUAGUGGUUCCUAUGAAAUGUUCUGAAAUGAGCAUGAAGUCUUUUGAUUUCAAACUCAUUUCCACAAAUUUUGUGAGACUUGAUUUGUCACAAUCUGCACUGCCCUAGCGUUCACUCAGUCCCUCUGCCUCCCCCUCAAGUUGUCUGCUGUGCUCCCAACGGUGUAUGUACUGUAUGUAUGAGUGUAUAUAUACACACGUGCAUUAAGGCCAGUAGUAUCCAGUUAGUGAUGGAAAAAGGAGGUGCCUUCUUCUUGUGAAAGCAGACAUAGGCCUACUCCUCUGUACAGGUGUGAAUACAUUCUUUUUUCAGUGUAAAAAUGUGUAUAAAUGCAUUCACAGGUGGUCUCCAGGCCUGUUCCUCUGAUGUACUGUUCUUUUUUCUAGACAUAUCUGGGUUUCAGUUUUUCCCCCUCGUCCUUGUCAUGAGCACUCUGAACCACAUGAAGCCUUUUACUGCACACAGAGUGAAGAGGGACAAAUAAAGCUGACAGAAACCCACCUGAAACUUUGCUCUGUACCAUUUUUGGACUGUAACUGAAGAUGGACUGUUUUAGAUAAAAGCAUGGGUACCAACUCUGCAUUUUACCCUGUAGAACCUCUAGAAUGUUGAAUGUAUGUACCCUGUCGUUUUGCGCCUCUCCAGCUUGACCUGAAUGCAUUCUGAAGAAACCCCCGCUGUCAGUCACCACCCUGAAGAUGCAACACUUUCCAAACACAGAUUUUUCAGAGAAAUGUUAAUGUUAUACUUGUGUCUCUCACUGAGGGGUGUCUCUCUUGUUCUUUAUGGAACUCAAAUACGGUCUUUGUUAUUAAAAGGAGGAAAAAAAAUGAA